AUGGAGCUCACAACCUCGCUGGCGAUUGAGUCAUGGAUCCUCUACGCCGUCGGCGUGGCCGUCGUUGUCUGCCGGAUGUUAUCGCGGCGGAUCAAGCUGGGCAAGUGGAGGCACCUCAUGAUUGACGAUUACCUCAUGGUGUUUGCUCUCGUCAACUUUACCGGAGUCGUCGUCUCUAUCAACGAAGUGGCCAAGAAUGGCAGCAACUACAUGUCGCCCGAAGACGCCGCGGCACUCACUCCGGAGGGCGUCGACCGAGCCGUGUACGGAAGCAUCAUGACCUUUGUCCUCGAGAUAUUUACCCUCACGGCCACAUGGACCGUAAAGGCGUGUCUCCUUAUGCUCUACGCCCGUCUAACGCGAAACACUCUUACCAAGCAGCAUUUGUUGGUCAAGAUUGCUGCCGUGUACUGUGCGUUGACGUACCUCAUCGUCACCUUCAUGUUUGUCUUCUACUGGUGCAGCCCGACGUACGAGUACUGGGCGGUCCCUGUCAGGAUAAUGCAAUGUGCGACAUACUACCACCACAUGAUCUUUGCGACCGCAUGCAACAUCUCCUCCGAUCUUUUGCUAUUGUUUAUCCCGAUACCCAUUAUUAUCAAAACCCGGCUUCCAAACAAGAGAAAAAUCAUUCUCUGCUGUAUUCUAGGACUGGGCAUCUUUAACAUCCUCGCCGCGAUUCUCAACCGAUACUACAAUUUCAGCACGCCAAAUUCCUACGUGUUCCUCUUCUGGUAUGUCGCAGAGGUGGGCGUUGCCAUGCUGGUCGGCAACCUGCCACUCUGCUGGCCGAUCCUGCGCACCGUACUCGGAACCACGGAGAGUUCCAAGACGCCAUCGUACCACGGCGAAACCAUCAGCGGUGGAGGGCGACCGAAACGACACAAACAUCCUCUGUCCGCAGUGGGCACGACCGUCAUGGGCACGAUGUGGGACAAGAUAGACGACCAAGAGUACGGGACAGGGGCGAGCGAGGGUGCCCAGACGCAGCGGACUCCUUCGGACCAGGGGAGCCAGAUCGAGCUGGUGCUGCAGGGGCACAACCACAAUCACCACCACCAUGCCGCAGUCAGCGCGAACGAGGACCCGAGCCCGGAUACGGCGCAGAUAUUACAGCCAUCAAACUCAGCGGGAUCAAGCGGAGCCGAAGGCGCUGGCAAGGCGGGCGGUGACAAAAUCAUGGUGGUCACGACCGUGGAUGUGUCGUCAGAGUCACAGCACGGCCGAUGA